AUGGGAUAUUCCGGCAAACCUCACUCCCACCUCGACGGCGAGAUACGAGAAACCAUCGACGGCAAAAAAUGGGUCAUCGCCGGACUUCCUCCACGUUCGCCGCUCAAGUCGAAUAACUCAACCUCUGGCGUCACAGUCACUGAAACAGAGGAUCAAGAUCAGUGUCCGAAGACACCUACGGCGGUUUCCUUCAGAAUCCCAAGGGUCCUGCCUUGCCCAGCCGCACCAAAGAAGCGGAAGCCUUCGUCGACGUGCAGCUACGGGGCUGGCGCUAAAGAUUUCUUCUCUCCGCCUGACCUUGAAACCGUCUUCAUUCAGAGAGCUAGUUAA